AUGGAGUACUUUAGUCUCAAGCGGUCGACUGCCGAUCGCGGCCAGUCCAACCUUUCCAGCAAAGUCUAUGUGCGGUCCACAAAGAGUGGCAAGGUUCAGAAAAUCGUGAGAGAGCUAUACCUACGACAAGACAUUCCGUGCUCGUCGAAUCUGUGCAGGUCAUGUCUGGAGAUUGCACCAACCGACUACUCGCAAAAAGUAUCACCUUUCGUGCUAUCCGACACACCAGCAGGAUCAACCAACUUCCCAAAUGGCCAAUAUCUCGUUCCAGACACGAAUGCUUUUCUUACUGGAAUGGAUCUGUUUGAAGUCGAAACUGCCUUCCAUGAUGUCAUCGUCCUGCAGACUGUCCUAGAGGAAGUCAAGAACCGCUCAUUACCGCUCUACCACCGUUUGAUAUCUUUGACCAAGAACGAGGGAAAGCGAUUUUAUGUAUUCUUCAACGAGUUCCGAGUGGAGACCUAUGUCGCCCGGGAGCCCGGAGAGACGAUUAACGACAGGAAUGAUCGAGCCGUGCGCAAAGCAGUAGAGUGGUAUAAUCACCACAUCCAAGAGGCGGUCGCAGCACGCAGCAAGAAGCAGAGCCGGAUUCCUACGGUUGUCAUGAUCACAGAUGACAAGGACAAUCUACGGAAAGCCGCGGCCGAGCAGAUACCCGGCAUGACGUUAUCCGACUUUGUUUCUGGACUUGAGAAAUCGGAUGAGCUCCUGGAUAUGAUCAGCGCUGCGCAAGAACAGCGAGAGGUACGAUCUAAAAAGGCCCAAGUCUUCUACCCAGAACACUACACAGUAUCCAAGAUGAUGACUGGCGUAAAAGCUGGUACUUUACAUCAGGGCAUUUUCAACGUCUCGCCAUACAACUAUCUCGAGGGUUCCGUUCAUGUACCCUCUUUCGACAAGUCACUCCUCAUCCUAGGCCGCGAGAAUAGUAAUCGCGCCGUCUCUGGCGAUGUAGUAGUUGUUGAAGUACUUCCUAAAGAUCAGUGGAAAGCACCAUCCACCAAGAUCAUCGAGGAGGAGACUGUGAACAAGAACGACAAUGCUGAGGCCGAAGAGGGAGAGACUGUCAUUCCCGAGAGGGAGCAAAAAGCACUACAAGAAGAGGUCAAGAAGGUUCAUGGACAAAGCGCAGAAGGCAGGCCUCAACCUACUGCUCGCGUCGUAGGUAUCAUCAAGCGUAACUGGAGACAAUAUGUGGGUCACAUCGACCGCGAUUCUGUUCGCUCUUCGUCCAAAUCGAGCAGACAGCAACAGACGGUUUUCCUGGUUCCCAUGGACAAGCGUAUCCCCAAAAUUCGCAUACGGACACGACAAGCUGGUGAGCUUCUCGGUCAGCGUGUCUUGGCAACCAUCGACUCGUGGGAUCGCGACUCCCGAUACCCAGUUGGCCACUUUGUACGAUCACUUGGCGAGCUUGAAUCCAAAGGCGCAGAGACUGAGGCACUACUUUUGGAGUGGGACGUGCAGUACAAGCCUUUCCCAAAGACAGUCUUGGAUUGUCUACCUGCUGAAGGCCACGACUGGAAAGUGCCUGCUAGCAUGGAUGACCCUGGAUGGAAGGGACGCCGAGACCUUCGCGAUCUUCUGGUCUGCUCUAUCGACCCUGUCGGCUGCGUCGAUAUUGAUGAUGCUCUACACGCCCACAAAUUACCGAACGGCAACUACCAGGUCGGCGUUCACAUUGCGGACGUGUCACAUUUUGUCAAGCCGAAUAAUGCCAUGGACAAGGAAGCUAGCCAGCGUGGAACGACUGUUUACCUUGUCGACAAGCGUAUAGACAUGUUGCCCAUGCUUCUUGGAACAGACCUUUGCUCGCUGAAGCCGUAUGUCGAGCGCUAUGCCUUCUCUGUGCUCUGGGAGGUCACCGAAGAUGCGGACAUCGUUUCAUCACACUUUACAAAAUCGGUUAUCCGAUCAAGAGAAGCAUUCAGCUACGAACAAGCUCAAAUUCGGAUAGACGAUAACUCACAGCAAGAUGAUCUUACCAAAGGCAUGCGGACGUUACUUAUGCUUUCCAAAAAGCUGAAGCAAAAACGAAUGGAUGCAGGAGCCCUCAAUCUUUCAUCGCCAGAAGUCAAGGUUCGCACUGAAUCCGAAACCUCAGACCCAGUAGAUGUUGAGACCAAGAAACACCUCGACACCAACUCGCUCGUAGAAGAGUUCAUGUUGCUCGCCAAUAUCAGCGUCGCCGCAAAGAAUUACGAAGCCUUCCCACAAACCGCUCUAUUGCGGCGCCACGCCGCACCACCAAAGACAAACUUUGAAGAGCUUGACAACCAGCUCAAGGUCAAGAAGGGAAUGGAGCUCAAGACCGAUAGUUCCAAGGCUUUGGCCGACUCUCUCGACAAGUGUGUAGAUCCCGGCAAUCCCUUCUUCAACACUCUCGUCCGAAUAAUGGCAACGCGAUGUAUGAUGUCCGCCGAGUACUUUUGCGCGGGUACACAAGCCUACCCCGAGUUCAGACAUUACGGUCUCGCGAGUGAAAUCUACACACAUUUCACAUCGCCCAUCCGUCGUUACGCCGAUCUUGAAGCCCAUCGCCAGCUCGCCGCCGCAAUCGAAUACGAACAACUAGACCCCAGUCUGCAGUCCAAAGCCAAGCUUGAAGCUGUCUGCAAGAACAUCAACGUGCGCCAUCGCAAUGCUCAGCAGGCUGGUCGCGCUUCCAUCGAGUACUACGUCGGCCAAGCGCUAAAGGGCAAGGAUAUCAACGAAGAGGGGUUUGUUAUGAAGAUUUUCUCAAAUGGUUUCGUGGUCUUUGUACCACGAUUUGGUAUCGAGAGUCUGAUUCGCUUGAGAGAUCUGGCUACGCCUGAGCCAGAAGCCGACUUUGAUGCGGAGAACUAUGUGCUUAGUGUCAAGGGCGAUGUUAAGAGGAGCAUUGAGUUGUUCGAAAAGGUUACUGUUAGGAUUACGGAUGAGUUGGAGGAGAGCACUGGGAAGAGAAAGGUCAAGUUGAGCUUGGUUUAG